GCGAGCUGCUCCGGUCUCAAGGCGAGGCUUGGCCUCUGGAGCAGAGACGGGGGGAAGCGGCGGCGGCGGCGGCGGCCCUCGGGCCGGCUGGUGAGGCGAUGGCGGCGCCGGCCCCGGGGGCUGGGGCAGCCUCGGGCGGCGCUGGCUGUAGCGGCGGCGGUGCGGGCGCCGGCUCGGGCUCUGGGGCCGGGGGCCGGUUGCCCAGCCGGGUGCUGGAGUUGGUGUUCUCCUACCUGGAGCUGUCCGAGCUGCGGAGCUGCGCCCUGGUGUGCAAGCACUGGUACCGCUGCCUGCACGGCGAUGAGAACAGCGAGGUGUGGCGGAGCCUGUGCGCCCGCAGCCUGGCAGAGGAGGCUCUGCGCACGGACAUCCUCUGCAACCUGCCCAGCUACAAGGCCAAGAUACGUGCUUUCCAACAUGCUUUCAGCACUAAUGACUGCUCCAGGAAUGUCUACAUUAAGAAGAAUGGCUUUACUUUACAUCGAAACCCCAUCGCUCAGAGCACUGAUGGUGCAAGGACCAAGAUUGGUUUCAGUGAGGGCCGCCAUGCAUGGGAAGUGUGGUGGGAGGGCCCCCUGGGCACUGUGGCAGUGAUUGGAAUUGCUACAAAACGAGCCCCCAUGCAGUGCCAAGGUUACGUGGCAUUGCUGGGCAGUGAUGACCAGAGCUGGGGCUGGAAUCUAGUGGACAAUAAUCUACUACAUAAUGGAGAAGUCAAUGGCAGUUUUCCACAGUGCAACAAUGCUCCAAAAUAUCAGAUAGGAGAAAGAAUUCGAGUCAUCUUGGACAUGGAAGAUAAGACUCUAGCUUUUGAACGUGGAUAUGAAUUCCUGGGGGUUGCCUUUAGAGGACUUCCAAAGGUCUGCUUAUAUCCAGCAGUUUCUGCUGUAUAUGGCAACACGGAAGUGACUUUGGUUUACCUUGGAAAACCUUUGGAUGGAUGACAGUGGCUUUCUUGGGAUGAAAGACAGAGUGGAGGAGAUAUCUGCUUGUGGGAAGUAGAAUCAUGAAGUGACAGUGUCAUACAUGCAUGCCCAAGAAACAUCCUGAAAAACACAUGAUAUUGUUAACUGGAGAAGCAACUCUACAGCAGAGAUGAUCUUAGUGUUUCCUCUUUCUACUGGGCCAGAAAAAUCCUCAGGGUUGCAGUUGGUUGAGUGGGCAGUUGACAUAUGCAUGUUUCAACAGAUUUUGUCUCUAAGUUAGCAAUGUGUUAUUUCCAACUUUUAAGGUGAGAUCAUAGAGAUGGUGUCAAAGGGAUAAGAUAAGGAACUAGCAAGAGUUUUUAAGUAGUGUGUGAAGAAAGAUUGAUCCUGUUUUACAACUGCCUGUUUUUUCUCCAGACCCUUUUUUCCAACCAGCUUGACUAUUGGAAAAGUAUGAAACUGGUUGGGUUUUAUUUAAUAUUUUUAAUAUAUUGAGAAGCAUGGUCUGCCUGGACUGCACUUCUCUUAAGAGUGAGAUAUAAAAUUGUGCAGCUAUUUUAAAAGUUGUAUAUACAGUAUGUGUGUAAAAAAAAAAAAAAAAAACUUAAAAAAAAACAGGGCAAAGGAGUUGCUUUGUUCUAGUUCAGUUUCUUAAAAACCACUACAUGGUACACAAUUAGAACAACAUUAGGGACAGUCUGGUAACUACAAAGAAGAGGAUUUUAAGAGAUGUGUUGUAUUGGCUCGUUUUGUAUUAUAUUUGGCUUACAGUUUCCAUAGCUGUUACAGUCUGAUUUAUUUUUUUAACCAUCAAAAUUAUUGUAAAUGUCCCUCAUCUCCAGGCUAAGAUUGAGGGAAGGCAAAUCUAUUUCUAAUCAUACAUAUAUCAGUAAUAAUAAUAAUGUGCAUCUGGUUUUAUUUUUUUGACCUUCUGAGAAAGUGUCUUGUAAGAAUAAAGAACAUUGCCAUUUGUUCUUAUAGGCCUCAAAUAUGAAAGUUGUUAGUCACAGACCUUAAGAAAAUAAUGGAUCAAUGACCCUUUUAUUUUGUAACUUUAUAAUGCUGUAGAUAUUAUAAUCUUUUUAAGUUCAUAUUGUUUACAUCAUGCAACAGUCUAAGCCUCAAACUUGUCAUUGGGGUUGUCAAGAAAAUGUUUACUCAGCCAC